GCACAUCAAGCAAAGACAGACUGUAGGUAGUGGAAAACAGCAGGUAGAGGUUCAAGCGGGGGAAACAGAGAGAGAGAGAGAGCAGUGGAAUUUGUGGAAACAUUUUAACAAACAAAUCAAAAGCAAUAAAAAUAUGCUGUUGGAGUAUUUCAUCUUUGGGGUGAUUACCCUUUUUAUGACAGGGGCUCAAUGUGAUCAAACUGAGGUGCUUGCUGAAGCAGGCUCUCAGGCCGUCCUACCCUGUAAAUGUACACCUUCGUCCCCCUUCAGCCCCGCCAUCGUCUGGACUAAAGCCAACAGAGGCACUAUUUGGAGAAAAGAAAAGAGCGGUCUGCAGUACUGGGGCUCUAGCUGGUCAUCGAAAGGCACCCAACGCAUCCGAUGCCCCCAUUCCCAGUUUCCAAAAGGCGAAUUCAGCCUGCAAAUCAACAACGUGCAGGAGGACGAUGGAGGAGUUUACUCCUGCAGGGUGGAACAUGGAAACCAGGUCACUGAAAACUUGGUCAUGCUCAGAAUCAUUGAAGUGUCCGUCUCUUCAUCGGUUCCAGUAUGGGGGAGCGACGUUUCGAUCAGCUGUAAGGUGACUCCUUGGCCUUACGGAGCCUCUGUACAGUGGACGUUGAACAACAGCCCAUUUGUGCCUCAGACUAGAUUCGCCUCAAGCAGAGAUACCGCUAAUUAUGCCGUGAGGGAAAAGGCAACUGUAAGAUUGACCGGAAAGUGGACCUGUGUUGUGGGCUACCAGGGAAAUGGGGGCCGAGCUUCGGCAGCUCUUACCGUGAAGGGAAUCACCCACCCAUCCAGAGACGAUACCAAAGUGUACGCUGCUGUGGGAUCUGCAGUCACUCUCCCCUGUGUGUUCUCCCCUGGUAUGAUCCCCUCUAAACCAGUCUGGGAGAAAAUGAAACCUGAGUAUAUUUUUACACCUGCUUCCGGUCCCCUUCCUGCCUCCUUCUCUUCAUCCUCCCAGUCCUCUCAGCUCCCGGACGAUAAAUCUGCCAGUUUGAAAGAAGUCAGGUUUGAGGACGAGGGCAAGUACCGAUGCUCUGGCUCCAUAGAAGGACAACGGUUGACUCGAAAUAUGCAGCUCGUCGUUGCCAAAAUUGACAGCAGCACCCCGUCAAAGAAUCCAGGCUCUGUGACGCUGACCUGCCAACUGAGCGACACCAGCGAGGUCACCGGCUACGAGUGGGUUCAUGUGGUCUAUGACCUCAAUGGCACCCAGUCAGUCGGGUCCAUCCAGGAGGGGAAGACUCUGAGUAUAAGCAAGGUGUCGGAGGAGAACCGGGGCGAAUGGGAAUGUCGUUUCUACGGGAAAGAUGGCAUUUUGGGAAAUGUCACCUACCACAUUCAACUGAUGAGUGGUCUCAAUGGAGAAAAACCUUCUGGUGUCUCACAUAACACUGCUGCCGUGGUCGGUCUCAGCUUCCUCCUCAUUGUUCUGCUGCUGGUUUUGGCUCAGAUGUACAAGAACCACCAAAGGAGGAAAAGGAGCUUUCAGUACCCGGCGAUGGAGACAAUUGUUCAUACCGUCUCCAAUGAGCGUGAGGAGCGAGAAAGAUACCAAGUGAAAAAAUAAACACAUUAAGGUAGAGGCAUCGCAGGAAACUAAACUGAAGUGAUGUCUAUCUUCUUCAUGUCUGCAAUAUGUUGGGAGACUUUUGUUUGCACAAGUUUUGUAAAUACAGUAUUUUCAGAGCAGACGUUGUAGCAGUAUUGUUGAAUUUGAAAUGUUGUGUAUUAUCGUGUUAUUUGAGUUGUAUCUUUUUUUCAUUUAUUUUACCGUACAG